GGUACCUGGCGACGGCGAUAUGAGCGGUGCGGGGGUGGCGGCUGGGACGCGGCCCCCCAGCUCGCCGACUCUGGGCUGCCGGCGCCAGCGCCCCUCUGUGGGCGUCCAGUCCUUUAGGCCGCAGAGCCCGCAGCUAAGGCAGAGCGACCCGCAGAAACGGAACCUGGACCUGGAGAAGAGCCUGCAGUUCCUGCAGCGGCAGCACUCGGAGAUGCUGGCCAAGCUCCAUGAGGAGAUCGAGCACCUGAAGCGGGAGAACAGGGGUGAGCCGGCGCGGGGCCCUAGGCCGGCCCUGCCUCCCCAGGCACACUCAACACUGCCGCUCCCGCAGCACAGAAACACAGCCAUGAACUCCAGCACACGCCUGGGCUCAGGGGGAACACAGGACAAUCUCCAUUACAAGCUCAUAAUGAAUCAGACAUCACAGAAGAAAGAUGGCCCCUCAGGAACCCUUUCCGGGGCCUCUGCUCCCUUGGGCGCUCGCUGGGUCUGCAUCAACGGAGUGUGGGUAGAGCCGGGGGGACCCAGCCCUGCCAGGGUGAAGGAGGGCUCCUCAUGGACACACAGGCCAGGAGGCAAGUGUGGGCAUCUUGCGGGCGGUGGCGCCAACACUGUGCGCUCUCCUGCAGACAGCCUCUCCACGUCAAGCUUCCAGUCUGUCAAGUCCAUCUCUAAUUCAGGCAAGGCCAGGCCCCAGCCCGGCUCCUUCAACAAGCAAGAUUUGAAAGCUGACGUCCCCGAGAAGGCGGACCUGGAAGACGAGCCCCGACUUCACAACAGCAAGCUGGACAAGGUUCCUGGGGUUCAAGGGCAGGCCAGGCAGUGUGAAGUGCUCAUCCGCGAGCUGUGGAAUACCAACCUCCUGCAGACCCAAGAGCUGCAGCACCUCAAGUCCCUCCUGGAAGGGAGCCAGAGGCCCCAGGCGGCCCCAGAGGAAGCUAGCUUUCCCAGGGACCAAGAAACCAUGCAUUUCCCCAAGGUCUCCACCAAGAGCCUCUCCAAGAAAUGCCUGCUUCUGAGCCCACCUGUGGCGGAGCGUGCCAUCCUGCCCGCACUGAAGCAGACCCCGAAGAACAACUUUGCCGAGAGGCAGAAGAGGCUGCAGGCAAUGCAGAAACGGCGCCUGCAUCGCUCAGUGCUUUGAGCCACCCGCAUCUGGUCAGUGCCAGGCCCACCAACCUGCAGCUGGAGACUGGCUCUCUAUAGCAUUUCCUGAUACUUCCACUACUUUUAGGCCUGGCUGAAUUCCAAAUUCCAAGAUAGAUGACACUCAAGACAGAUAAAGUACUUGAUCUCCAAACUGACAAACUGUUUAUUUUCUAGCUGUUAUUUUGCUAUUUGGCAUUUACAUAAAAGUACAUGAUGACGUAGGUAUCGCCUUACCUGUUAAAACCGAAAAUAAAGCUUGUUUAUUUCCAA